UCAUAGCGCACAGAAAUCCGCCAGAGAAGGGGGCUGAUGAACAAAACAAUGACAAAGCUAGGAAGGAUUUCAAUGCAAUAAUAUAUUUUAAAGACUCCCGAAACGGAUUGUGCUAUUUUUCUUCGUAUGCUUUCUUUUAUUGUUGACCGACCCGCUGUUAUCCUAGCAUUCGGCUAUGAUAUUAUUGACAACCGAGUUUACCAAAACUGUCUAGCUUGGAUAACACAGAGCUAGCUAGAUAGCCAGCUAACGUUAGCUGUUUCAGACAGGGGCGAUUGUGAUUUGUUGUGUAAACAUAAUCUUUGUCGAUUUUGUCCAUCGGAACUCGUUAUAGUUUGUGUCACAUUGACAUUGGAAUAACGUUAUUUUAAACUAGUUAACUACGUUUGUUGGCUAACUAUUGUUUAAAUGUCAAGCUACAGGCAGCUAACUUACUAGCUAGCUUUUUUAGGCAGCUGUCAGCUAGGUCAUUUUAUUUUCGAGUUAGGUAGCAAUUAGGAAACUAGCUAACAAGGGAAGUGAUUUAUUUUUUAUUCUAAACAGCUGGCUAGUUCUUCCAACUGUGGUUUGAAGUUGGUGCCAGUUUGCACAUAUUCACGUUAGUGUAGCUAGCUAUAUGUUUAAGGGAAGUUGUCUUGCCAAACACUUGUUUUAUUGCAUACAUUGAGUUUCCAGCUAUACUUUGCUGACCUUAUUGUAACGUAUCUAUUCUGGCAGCGUUUUACUGUUCACGAAGCCAGUUAUAAAGGUAAUGUAUUUUAUUGUCAAGAGCAGGUUGACUUAAAAUAGCCAGAACAAACAUAUUCAACCAGAUUGCCUCACUGUACUAUAUUUGCAAUUUGUCACAUAUUGACAUUAUUUUUGUAAUAUAUGAAAUGCUGCAGUAAUUGUUUGCUAAUAAGCUGUACAUUUUUUUGUGGUGGAUCCUGAAUCUUUAGAGGUCAAUUGGAGCACAUGCAACCCUGUUAAGUCUACUUACAUAAAGUUGUCUAUGUUCAAGGUGUUGUGCAGGUGUAGCCUAUAAAGCAUACCAUAUUUAACACUAAAGUCAUGUGUGUUAUCACUAAAACUACUUGAUUGAUAUUUAUUCACUCUGCUUUUGGGACUAUUUGACGUUAUAGUCAAAUUACUCCAGCUAGCAUAAAACUGUGUUCAGAUUUGACUUGUGAGAAAAAAUGAGUGGCCAUGGUUCAUCAUCAGAAAAGGAAAUUAACACCAGUCUAAUUUGUCAAGAGAACUAUGCUUGUGGGGGCUCAGAAGAGGCUGCUUUUGAAUGUGACAAAUGUAGAAGCUUGCAGUGUGUUCGCUGUGAGAAGGAACUCCAUAGUCAAGAGUGCCUGCAGAACCAUGAACGGGUCGAGAUCGGCCCAGGGCAUGUACCCUACUGUGACAACUGCAAAGGAGGGAAGGAAGGGACAGUGAAUGGCCGCCGCCACAGGUCUGUUGUCCGCUGCCAGAACUGCAAAGUCAACUUGUGCCAACAGUGUCGGAGAAGCACCCAUAAUGGAGGUAACAAGAAGAAGCACCAACUCACCGCCUAUCCUCCUCCACCCAAACCUGCAGAGCUCAACUCAACCCCUCCACACAAAUCUACAGAGGACAACUCAAAUCCUCCACCAAAACCUGUACAUGUCAACUCAACCCCUCCACCCAAACCUGCAGAGAUCAACUCAACCCUUCCACCAAAACCUGUUGAGGUCAAAUUAACCCCUCCACCCAAACCUCCACAGGUUAAUUCAACCCCUCCACUCAAACCUGCAGAGAUCAACUUAAGCUCAGUGGUAGAUGAGGCAGAAGUCCAGAAGGCAAAACUUCUGGAGAAAGUCUGCAGUUUUCUUCUGGUUGAUGUGAAUGAGGAGAUGCAGAUAAAGGACGAAGGUGCGUUUGUGAAGGAAUUGAACUGCAAGCCUGACAAGCUGAUCAAGGUGGUGUCAAUCUUUGGCAACACAGGAGAGGGUAAAUCCCACACUCUGAACCACACUUUCUUCAUGGGCAGGGAGGUGUUCAAGACCUCCCCCACACAGGAGUCCUGCACAGUGGGGGUGUGGGCGGCAUUCGAUCCCAUCCACAAGGUGGUGGUCAUCGACACAGAGGGCCUGCUGGGUAACAGCUCCAACCAGGGCCAAAGAACACGCCUCCUGCUCAAGGUGCUAGCUAUCUCCGACCUCAUAAUCUACCGUACCCACGCCGACCGCCUCCAUGACGACCUCUUCAAGUUUCUGUGCGACGCGUCGGACGCCUACCUGAAGCAUUUCACCAAGGAGCUGAAGGCCACUACGGCCCGCUGUGGCCUGGACGUGCCUCUGUCCACCCUGGGCCCGGCCGUCAUCAUCUUCCAUGAGACCGUCCACACCAAGCUGCUGGGCUCAGACAACUCAUCAGAGUCUGUAGAUCGGAUGCUACUUGAGCGUUUCAGGAAGCUGGGCCGUUUCCCAGAGGCCUUCAGCUCCAUCCAGUACCGAGGCACGCGUACCUGUAGCCCCCCAACAGACUUUGGUGGCCUGCAGCGCACCCUGGAGCAGCUGCUGGACAACAACGCCACCCGCUCCCCUCGCUCCCCAGUCGUCAUCUUCAAAGCCUUGCAGGCCCUGAGUGAGCGCUUCAAUGGGGAGAUUUCUGAUGAGCUCAUAGCCCAAAAUUGCUUCUUCCCCGAUGAGUACUUCACCUGCUCCUGCCUCUGCCUCAGUUGCGGCUCUGGCUGCAAGAACAGCAUGAACCACCUUGGGGAGGGGGUGUGUCAUGAGGCCAAACACCGCUGCCGUUACUCACCCCAAUACGACAAUCGCAUCUACACCUGCAAGGCCUGUUACGAAGGGGGAAAGGAGGUGGUGGUUGUUCCCAAGACCUCUGCGUCCUCAGACUCUCCAUGGCUGGGCCUUGCCAGAUACGCCUGGUCAGGGUACGUGAUUGAAUGUCCAAACUGUGGGGUGAUCUAUCGGAGCCGGCAGUACUGGUAUGGGAACCAGGACCCAGUAGAAACGGUGGUCCGCACUGAAAUCCAGCAUAUAUGGCCUGGGGCAGAUGGAUUCCUGAAGGACAAUAGCAAUGCAGCGCAGCGUCUGCUGGAUGGUGUUAACUUCAUGGCCCAGUCUGUGUCAGAGCUCAGUGUGAAGCCUGCUAAGGCAGUCACCUCCUGGCUAACGGAUCAGAUCGCCCCGACCUACUGGAAACCCAACUCCCUCAUCCUGACAUGCCUUAAGUGCCAAGAGGUCUUCCAAGACAACGACACCAAGCAUCACUGCCGUGCCUGUGGGGAAGGGUUCUGUGACGCAUGCUCUUCCAAAGCCACGCCCGUCCCUGAGAAAGGCUGGGGUCUGGCCCCCGUGAGAGUCUGUGACACCUGUUAUGAGCAGAGGGCCACACAUACAGAGCUGUUGCAUGCAGAGGUUGAAGAUGAGGAAGGUGGAAACCUAGCCAGGAAGGUUGGAGAAGCAGUUUCAAACACACUGGGCGCCGUGGUUACUGCUAUUGACAUCCCACUGGGUCUGGUGAAGGAUGCUGCGCGUCCCACCUACUGGGUGCCUGACCAGGAUAUCCUCUCCUGCCACAACUGCCAGUGCAACUUCACUGCCAAGCUGUCCAAGCACCACUGUCGCUCCUGCGGGCAAGGCGUGUGUGACGAGUGCUCGCUGGAGCGUCGGCCGGUCCCGUCGCGGGGCUGGGACCACCCCGUCCGUGUUUGUGCUAACUGCAACCAGAAACCUGGAGACCUUUAACGGGGCUGGCCCUCUACGCUCACAACACUGGACUGAACCACACUCUUGACCCUCCACGCACCCACCCCUUAUAUACCUCCAUUAAAUGGUUCUGUCCUGUGUCUGUGGCAAGGAUGUUUUUAGUAAAUCUAGUUUUAGGGUUUCUGAUGCCUUGUAGAACAACAGGAACAUCUAUGUAAUUUGUCCUUAUCGAAAGAGUGAGACAGGAGGAUAUUUUGAGCUCCUCAUUCACCCAAAUCACAGCUUUUUAAAAAUGGUUUUAAAAUAUUUUUCUACCAUGGAAAAAAAAGUACAUUUGUAGCAUGUUACCAAUGUUAUUUUGUUGAGAACCCUGUGGGGGGUUUAGUUUGAAUCUAUACUCUCCACAAGGCAUUGUUUACUGAUGUCAUGUUGAGGGGAUAAUGGCGUCAGUGAAGUCACCGCUGCAGGUUAAUUGCAUGCUCUACUACACUAUUUUAGGUUUGCACUAAGUCUGUUGCAGCUUUACAAAGCUGCUGCUUAUCAUGGCCAGAAAAAAAAAAAAAAAAAGGUUUGACUUAGAUUUGAGUAUGCAUGAACACCCAUAUAUCCCAUUUUUCAACCAGUCGGUUUGUCAAGAGUUAGUUAACCUCAGAUGUAGGUUUAGAUUUAGGAUAUUUCAUCUGCAAAUAGCCUUUCAGGUUACUGUUUCUGUGUUGACGUUACCUUCAUAUUUACUUCAGAGGUUAUGGUAGUAUGAAGACAUGGAAUUAUGCUAGAAGAAUGUGAAUUCAGGAUUUUAGAAACGUUGUUUUGUAGAAAACAUUUGUUCAGCUUGGGAGUCUGAAAGAUACAUUGCCUUUGAGAUGUUCAGAGGGUCCUGUGAUCUCUGAAUAAAUCAAUACCUAACCUCAUUGUUAUAUUUUAACGUAUCUGACCAUUUCUGUUACUUGAGUGUAUACACAUGACGUGCAUUAUGCACCUAGAAUUUGAAUGGAGUGUCAGUUACUUCCAUUUGUUUGAAUCUUGUUUGAUCACCAUAAGCAUAGGCUGAUGGGACAAUGAACUCAGCAUUUGAGUUUCAGCACAUUUUGUUUUGUUUUCAGCCCUCUGCUUCUGUGGCAUUGUUUGUCAUCCAUGUGAAAGACUGCAGUGUCAAAUAGAUUGCAUGCUGAUUCUUUCAUAUUAUUUUGUGCUUUUUAAUAAUUGAGAGAUUAAAUGCUGUAUGUAGACAGUACAUUGUUAAGUUUGUUUAAUGUGGUUUUAUUUCUGAAUAACUGUUAUUGGUCUAUUUGAGUUCACUUGCUUUCUUGACUGGAAUCUGUUGUCCUUCAUUCAUUCAUUCAUUCGUACAACACUUGGCUAUGCACAGUCAGCUGGCAUUUUUACCUGAACCAUUUCACAUCUUUGAUGGUUAGAUGAAUAAGUGGCUGAAAUGUAAAAACCCAGGGAACAGUAUUACCUGGAUACAUGCCAACCAAGCACAUUGAAAUUAUAUUGCCUUUACAUUGGUGUUUGUUAAAAAGAAUAUAGAAAAAAAUUGUUUUCCUGUAAGCAUUUAAGAGAUAAUUGUCAUUUUUGUUAUUUUAAUUUUAUUUUUGCCCUUUUGUCUAAGCUGUAACCCUAGAUAGUGAUGUAUAGAACUUACGAUGAAAUCGGCCUUGUCUGCUGUCAAAAUGUUUAUCUGAUUGAAUGAUGUCAUUGUAUGAAACUAAGUAAUGUCUGUGUUGCUAGUAUUGCACAGAGUAAUAGCCAGGAAUGUCAGCUAUGUAUCCAUCUAGUCCUUUGUUUUCAAAACCCAUUGCUUGAGAGAGACACACCUUUGUGACCGAAAUGAGGAUAGACUGAAUUCUCGUAUCAAAUGCACAGACAAGAAAGAGGUAUGAAACACUAUGUUAUGCUGAUAUUGAACAUAAGAUCGUGAGAAAGUGUGGAUGUCUGCAUAUUUACAAUGUCCAUAAGUGGUGGAAUAACUGACUACGUAUUAUUAAAGUCAUGUCAGCUCA